UGCGUUGGGGGGGCUGGAGACCCUGAGCUGGGGGGGGGGAAUGCAGCCCGGAUGCCUGGACUCUCUCCAGCUCGAGUAGGGAGGAGCUGGGAGAAGUGACUCAAGAUGGGAUUAGCCAGGAUUAAUGAGGUGCGGCAGCCACAAGAGGCCGGGAAAGGACCCAGGCGCCCAGCUGCCCGCCCCCCCACACACACACACACACACCUGGAAGGGACUCGGGUGUCUGGGAGCCACGCCCCCCCCAACCACAGAGGGAACCUUAAGCCUCUGGAGCAGCCCCCUUUCCACUGCUGACACCACCCAGAGGGGGCGUGGCCUAAGGGGCAUGCUUGCAGGGGAUGCUCCCCAUUGGCUCCCUGGCAGGCAGGAGGCGAGGCUGCCGGCAGAACACCGGUGGGCAGGGAACGGGCAGCCCAGUGGUGGCGACCUGGAAAGUGGGAGCUCCCCUGGCCCCGACCCCCAGACCAGGGGAGGGGGCAUGGACUUUGCACUGGGGGGGCUGGCAGCCUGCGGCGCCUGCCUGCUGACCAACCCACUGGAGGUGGUAAAAACGCGCAUGCAGCUGCAGGGGGAGCUGCAGCCCCGUGCUGGCGCCCGGCCCUACCGCCAUGUGCUGCAGGCACUGGCCGCCAUCGCCCGGGCCGACGGUGCCACUGCGCUGCAGCGUGGCCUGGCCCCGGCCUUGCUCUACCAGUUGGCCAUGAACGGCUUGCGCUUGGGCAUCUAUGGCCUGGCUGAGAGUGCCGGCUGCACCCGCCACCCCGACGGGCACCUCAGCCUGCCCCGCUGUGCCAUUGCUGCUGCCUUGGCAGGGGUGCUGGGGGCCGUGGCUGGCAGCCCCCUCUACCUGGUGAAGACACACAUCCAGGCACAGUCAGCUGCAGAGAUUGCUGUGGGGCACCAGCACCAGCACCAGGGCAUGGUGCAGGCGCUGAGGCAGAUCUGGAGGGCACAGGGUGUGGCUGGACUGUGGCGUGGGGCAGGAUCAGCGGUGCCACGUGUGGCCGUGGGUUCAGCCACCCAGCUCAGCACCUUCUCAUCUGCCAAGGAUAUUGUCGACCAGCUUGCGGUGUUCCCAGCGGGUGGCUGGCAGGUGGCGCUGGCGGCCGGCAUGAGCAGCAGCGUGGCUGUGGCCGUGGCCAUGACGCCCUUUGAUGUGGUCAGCACCCGCCUCUACAACCAGCCCGUCGGGCCCCGCGGGCAGGGGCUACUGUACCGGGGCGUGGCCGACUGUUUCGCCAGCACCGUGCGUGCUGAGGGCAUCCUGGGCCUCUACAAGGGCCUCGGGGCCUGCUACUUCCGCAUGGGGCCCCACACAGUGCUGAGCCUCCUCUUCUGGGACCAGCUGCGCCGGCUCUGGGCCUGCUACGGCCAGCGGUGACCUGGGGCUGGGCCCUGCCCGUGUCAGUGACGGGCGCAGGCUCCCUGCACGCUGCGGCGGGGCCAUCUGCACCCCCCCCUCCGCUCCAUCAACUGCGAGACCAGCCUGGGGUCAUGCCCCCAGUCUUACCCGUGCCCCCACUCCUGACCACAGCCCCCCAUUGGUGCCCCUCACUGCCACCCCACACACCCCAUGUGGGGUCCCACUGGUGCCCCUCACUCCUGACCCACAGCCCCCUGGGGCCACCGUGCUGCCCCUCACUCCCAACCCGCACACUCCACCUGCCACCUGGGGCCCCACUGGUACCCCUCAGGCGCCCCGCAGCUCCCUGCCCCCUCCCUGGCGCCUGCUGUAACGAGCUGAAUAGAAACUGAAUCUGCA